CUCUGACACACUCAAACGCACGCACACACACACGCCCUCCUCCCCCAUCCCUGCAGUGUCUCAACUGCCUUGGAGCAAACAAGAGAGGAAAUAGAACACAGACAAUAAUAAGAGAGAGAUAGAGGGGGAUAGAAAGGAAGAGAACGAGAGAGAGAGAGUGUGUGUGAGAGUGGGUGAAAGUGAGACAGAUAUGAGGCUGUCGGAACGGCAGCAGGACUAAGAGUGGAUUUCGCCCCGGUCGUCCUCUCCCCUAGCCAGCGUUUGUCUGCAGUAUCCUCUGAGAACGGCCAGCGAGCGCUGAAGAGCUGUCGAGACACGGAGGACAAGCAACAGCCGGGAGAGCACGCCAGCGCGCCAGGAAGACCAGCAGAGUCCGGCCAGGCCCACGCCCUGCACCCCCACGAGCGGCCGGAAGGCGGUGAACGAUUGCAGCAGCCAGGGAGAAGCUCUAGGACAGCCAUGAGGGAGGGCGGUGACGGCCUGUUCCCCAAACUCUGUUGCCACUGACAGACUCAGCGCGCGCCCCUCCCCCGCCCCCCCUCUCGCCCCUUGGCUCCAGGCAGUCAAACUCCACCGCGAGGGCUCCCUGUGGGCACCCCCACCACCAUGCCCUGGUAGACGUGGGGAGCAUCGGUGCCCCCCGAGUCACGAGGACAGAGAAACAGUCUGCCUGCCCCCGGCUGAACCAGGAGAAUGAAAUCCUCCUGAGUCAUCCUCCUCUCCUUCUGCCUAGCGUUCCCUCCGCGCCGACAUCUCUCCCCCCCCGUCCACGCCCGGCGGCGUUGAAGAUCCCCGAUCUGUUCUGACAGCCCUCUUCCUCCUCUCUCUCUCCUCCCCUCCUCCUCCUCUUCUCCCCUCCUGCCCGUCCUCGCUCCGUCGUUCUUCCCCUCCCUCCUCCCCCCCCGCCCGGUUUCUUCCCCGCGGCGCCCCCCCGCCCCUCGCGGUGAGGAGCGGCCGUUCCGGUGAUCACCACGGGGCAGACCACCAUGGGGUGCCGGCAGAGCUCCGAGGAGAAGGAGGCGGCGCGGCGCUCACGGCGCAUCGACCGCCACCUGCGCUCGGAGAGCCAGCGGCAGCGCCGCGAGAUCAAGCUCCUCCUCCUGGGCACCAGCAACUCGGGGAAGAGCACCAUCGUCAAGCAGAUGAAGAUCAUCCACAGCGGCGGUUUCAACCUGGACGCCUGCAAGGAGUACAAGCCCCUGAUCCUCUACAACGCCAUCGACUCGCUCACGCGCAUCAUCCGCGCCCUCGCCACCCUCAAGAUCGACUUCCACGACGCCGACCGCGCCUACGACGCUGUGCAGCUGUUCGCCCUGACGGGGCCGGCCGAGAGCAAGGGGGAGAUCACGGCCGAGCUGCAGGGGGUGAUGAAGCGUCUGUGGGGCGACUCGGGCGUGCAGGAGUGCUUCCAGCGCUCCAACGAGUACCACCUGGAGGACAACACGGCGUAUUACCUGAACGACCUGGACCGCAUCUCCUCCGGGGAGUUCAUCCCCACCGUGGAGGAUAUCCUGCGCUCCAGGGACAUGACCACAGGCAUCGUGGAGAACAAGUUCACCUUCAAGGAGCUCACCUUCAAGAUGGUGGACGUGGGGGGCCAGCGUUCCGAGCGCAAGAAGUGGAUCCACUGCUUCGAGGGCGUGACAGCCAUCAUUUUCUGUGUGGAGCUAAGCGGCUACGACCUGAAGCUCUACGAAGACAACCAGACGAGUCGCAUGGCAGAGAGCCUGCGUCUCUUCGAUUCCAUCUGCAACAACAACUGGUUCACCAACACCUCGCUCAUCCUCUUCCUCAACAAGAAGGACCUGCUGGCGGAGAAGAUCAAGCGCAUCCCUCUAACGGUCUGCUUCGCCGACUACAAAGGCCAGAACACCUAUGAGGAGGCAGCCGUCUACGUGCAGCGGCAGUUUGAGGACUUGAACCGCAACAAGGAGACCAAGGAGAUCUACUCCCACUUCACCUGCGCCACCGACACCAGCAACAUCCAGUUUGUGUUUGACGCCGUCACGGAUGUGAUCAUCCAGAACAAUCUCAAGUACAUUGGGCUGUGCUAGGGUUAGGGACAGGGGGAGACAGGGGGGCACGGGUUGAGGGACGGGGGCGUGGGAUUUUGAUGGCUGCAUCGGCAGCAGUUGGCCCACCACUUGGCUGGCAAAACUAAAGGCCUAUUUGCCCGACUGCCUGCCUGCCUGUCUGCCUGCCUGCUGCCCUGCCUGUCUGUCUGCCUGUCUGUCUGUCUCUUGGGACAAGUGCAGCAGAGGACUGUGAGGAGAGCCAGUGGAUGAAUUAGUCAGGGACGAUCUCUGUGCUCGACGGUUUGGCUUGAAAUAAGAGUUGGGAGCGCUAUGCUCAAUGUGUGAGUUUACCCAUGGUUGGCAUAAAUGUGUUUGCACUGAAUAUAUGAGUAUGUAGAGACACACACACACACACAAACACAUGUACACACAUCCCUAUGUUUGCUCACACACAAAGACUUGGGAUCAACUGUCAAGCACUUGUUUGACGUGGAAACACUGGAAACAAAAGACAUUCACCCCCCCCCCCCCCCCCCCCCCCCCCCACCUUCUGCUUGUCAAACCUAGGGUCGGUCUUCAUUGGCAAUUCAAUUAUUUCUUUUUGUCUUCUUCAGUUGAUUUAAUUUGUCUGAUUCAAUUAAUUCUGCUUUUCAAAAAAAAAAAAAAAAAAAUACAAUAUAAAAAAUAUACAGAAGAAAAAAGAGACAAAAAAAAAAGAUGAUCAAUACAUUCUUUAGGAUUUCUUCCUGUCAUGAAAAGGACGGCUGAUCCAUAGGGCAUGUCUACCGGAGAGGACACACACAGUCCUGGGGGCACCCUCAGGGACAUGAUGUCACAAGGUUUCAGUCCAAACAAGAAAAAUAACUGCCACAGUCCACAGUUGAAGAGAAUCGUUUUCUACACAACAUACACUGCAUCUCAUCGGUUGGCAUGAAUUGCUCUUUAAAAGGUAGUCCUGUUUUAUCUGGUUUAUUUCUCUUUUCUUUUUUUUGUUUUUGUGUUUUAAAAUUAUUACGUAUGUCCAACCUGCCUUUUAGAGCAGGCCUCUGAUUGACCAGGCUAGUGUUACACUCAGUCCAUAGUGUUCUCUUAGAUCAUUCCAGUUUCCAGCAAAAGAGACAUCAAAAAGAGUGCCAAUUCCAGUGUAAAUAAAAAUAAAUCCCAUCAAUAAUGUUCCAUUUUUGUUUUUUUAUUGACAAAAACAUGCAUGGUUUUGUUACUUUGGGAUAUUGGUAUAUUUUAUUUUCAAUUCGUUUUCUGUUAAACUGUUUUCUGUUUAACUAAUAUAUUCCCAAAAAUAUAUGGAAGUCAAACACUGUGUACGAUUGUACAGCUGUUGUCUAAGAGGAAAAUAACUCAUUGAAAAGAGUUAUAUUAUAAUGAUGAUGGUGGUGGUGAUGGGGACGAUGACAAUGACAAGCUCAUUACAAAUCCAGCAUGAAAAGAUUUUGUGGGUCGAGAGAGGAUUAAAGGAAAAUAGAUUGCAAAAAUUAUAUGAAUGAGAAGAAAAAAAAAAACGUUUAAGUUUCAGUACUCCUUGCGUUAUCUAAGUGGAAAUUGUUCUACUGUCAGUGGGUAUGAUGUGUAAAUAUACUGUACGGUACACUUUUUGUUAAAACAAAUGAUAAAUAAAGAUUGAGGUGGGAUACUGUUAUUGGGGUAUAUAGCAUACAAGGAGGGUAGACGAGAGAGAGAGAGACAGAUAGUUAGAUAGAGAUAGAGCGAGAGAA